GGCCUCAAGUCUCGAGGAUGUCACAAAAAAAAUGAGCGAAAGUUAUAUGCUUGAAGCCUCUGCCCAUCCAUCCCAUCAAUCUAUCUAGGUAAGGGUGUAUUGACUAGCUAGCCUCAUUAUUACAAUAAGAACAGCAAAUACAACGCAGCAACCAUGAGUCGACACCGCAAUGUUCGUAAUAUGAUCGCCGAAGAUGAUUACUACGACGACUACGAUGAUUAUGAUGACUACGACGACUAUGGAGAUUAUGGUGCCGGUAGCUCCAGCUAUAGUAAACCCAAGAGCGGCAGCAACAACGCUAAAGGCAAGACCAACAAUACUCAGAAACAGAAUCAAACCAAUAAGAAACAGCCGCAGCAAGUCAAGCAGAACCCAAAGACUCCAGCAGCUACCCCAUCUCCAUCCACUGCUGCCACUGCUGCCACUGGCACCACUUCUUCAGGUUCUUCAGGUGGUGGACUGAGUGUGGCCAAGCCUCCUCCAGGGUGGGGAAAUACCACGAAACCAGUGACGGCUGCAGUAAACAAAGGAGUCAGCAAACCUCCACCUGGCUGGGGAACACCUAAAGCUACGCCGUCAGCUACCAUCAGUCCUCCUUCUGGAUGGGGCAAACCAAACACUACGGCUGCUACCCCACCAUCCAAUACUCCAAAUACAAACAACAACUCCACACAAUCCUCUACAGCAACUACAAAUAAUAAUCCCCAAUCGGUACCCGUACCCGACAUUCUGCAAAAGACCUGCAGUGCCGGACAAGAGAGUCAAUUAUCUGUCGUGGUCAUUGGACACGUCGAUGCGGGAAAAUCCACCAUGAUGGGACAAUUGCUCUAUCAAGCAGGACUCAUUACACGACAACAAACGUCCAAAGUCACCACUUCCAACAACAACAACACUUCCAACAAUACAGAGGUCCAAUGGGCAUGGCUGCUCGACGAAGACGAAGGAGAACAAACCCGUGGUGUCACAAUGCAAAUUGCCACCAAGACACUGUCGACGCCCCGUCAUCCCCAAAUUGUUUUGUUGGAUGCUCCCGGUCAUGCCGAUUUUGUCCCCACCAUGAUUACCGGAGCGGCGUCGGCCGAUGCCGGAUUGUUGGUCGUCGAUGCAUCGUCCGCCAAUCUCGAUGGCAUGUUGCAAAAGGGACAAACCAAGGAACACAUUUUGCUCGCACGCGGACUGGGAGUCUCCCAAUUGCUUGUCUGUAUCAACAAAUUGGACGUCCGCGAGUGGUCUCAAUCGGUUUACAACGAUAUUCAACAACGGCUCAAACCAUUUCUGCUCCAACAAGCUGGAUUUGCACCCAAACGAAUACGAUUCAUUCCGACCAGUGGAUUGAUGGGUGUUAAUAUCAUGAAUGCGAAGAAUGCCAACAGUAACAAAAAGAAUACAACUCCGCCACCUGCCGCGCUCUCCUCGUGGUACAAGGGACCCAGUCUCUACGAGGCCAUUGAUGCCUUUAUGCCCGUCAAGAGUUCCAAUCUAGCCGAACCUUUGCGCAUUAUUCUCUCGGAUGUCUACGCCGAAGGCAAAGGAGUCGCUGCGCGAGGUAAAGUCGUACAAGGAUUCCUCAAAACGGGUGAAAAACUCGUCGUAUUGCCCAUUGGAGAUGAUGCCAAAGUGAACAGUCUACAGCAUUUGCAUGCUACCGUCGAUGACAAGCGACUCGAUUAUGCCAUUGUGGGAGAAACGGUCGAUUUGGUACUCACUGGAAUUGACAGUGUCCGGGUUGCCAUGGGAAGUCUGUUGGCGCGACCCCAGCAACGUCCUCCUGUUUCGCUCAAGUGUCGGGCCAAAAUUGUCGUCAUGGACGAUUUGGCCGUUCCCAUUAUUCGUGGCGCCCAAGUGUUAUUUCACAUUCAUCAUUUGGAUGUCCCGGCCAAUAUUUCCAAUUUGCUCAGUAUGACCAAACGAGGUGCCAAACAACAACCCAAAGUGCGUCCCCGGGCCAUUCCGUCCUCGUCCACGGCCGAAGUGGAGAUUACAUUGAGUGACAAGAUUUGUAUGGAAUCUUUUCAACAAUGUCGUGCCCUGGGACGGUUUGUGCUACGGCGAUCGGGGGAGACGAUUGCGGUGGGAAUGAUUGAACAGGUUCUCUAGUCUAGCAAGAUAGAUAGAUAAACUGUUCUGUAUUGAUCGUUACUCUCUA